GGUAAUACAGCUCCUGUAUUAUUUCUUGUAACAUCGCAUUAUGACGGAUUUCUUCAGCUGUUGUUAAUGGUCAGUGCGACUCUGGCGUCGGAGCCGCCUAGUCCAGCGUGCUCCAAAUACGACUUCGAGGAAAAGGUUCUCGAGAAAAUGAUUCGCAUGGAGUUCGCUUUUGAAAAAGUGUUGAACGAAAACAAAGUUGUGAGCGAAAAAAUGCAAAUAGCUUUUGGGAAAUUCAGCGAAGUGAUGAAACGAGACUUUAACACAAUAAAAGAGGAGAACGAACGUCUGCACGUGAUCGUAGAUGAGAUGAAAAACCAACAGGAGCAAGCAGAACGUAAACUUGUUUCGCUCAUGGAGGAAAUCGAAAGGAACCAAACUAGCACUCUGGAGGAAGUUAUGACUGAUUCUAACAAUACGUUGGAACAAAUAAGUGCCUCAUUCAAUAACAUAAAAGAUCAAAUCGCUACUCCACUGGUGUAUUUCCACGCUCGCUCUCCACAGACCUUCACCCUGUCCACAGGUGAGGUGAUCGUGUACAAGACAGUGGAGACCAACCAGGGCAACGGCUACAGCGCUACCACGGGUAAGUUCGCAGCUCCAGUACGGGGACUCUACUUGUUCCACAUACACACGUGUAGCACUACAAAUAAAUAUGCUUAUCCGCAGAUGGUGAAGGAAGGCUCAGUGCUCAUUGCAAGUUAUCAGCAUGGCAACGGCAAUUAUGACUGUGCUAGCAGUCAGACGUUUGUACAGAUUAAUGCCGGAGAAAUUGUCUGGGUAAAAUGCUCGGGUGGGACCACUCUGUUUGAGAAUAUUCAUCGUUGGACCAGUUUUGGUGGUGCUCUCAUUCACAACUGACGUGCUGUAGUGCAAAGUGGAUUUGUUAAC